AUCAUGGACGUAACCGACCAGACGACGGCGGCACAGCAAGUGCGGGAUCAGUUUGCAGAGAGUGUGCAGAAGCGUUUCCAAGACUUUCUCGAACAGUUUCGAGUGGAUGGAGAACUGAAGUAUUUGCCAGACAUUCAAGAGCUCAUUCGACCAGAGAGGAACACGUUGACUGUCAGUUUCUUGGAUUUAGAGGCUUGGAAUACACAACUGGCAACGAGCAUUCAGGAAGAAUAUUAUCAUGUCUUUUCAUAUCUUUGCAAUGCUGUUCGUAACUUUGCUCGUGACCAAGCCCAGAUACCUACAAAUAAAGAGUUUUAUGUGGCAUUUGAUGACGUUCCAGCUAGACACAAGAUUCGUGAAUUAACGACACAAAAGAUUGGUAGUUUGUUGCGUAUCAGCGGUCAAGUGAUUCGGACUCAUCCUGUGCAUCCAGAGCUUGUGUCUGGAACGUUUCUCUGCCUUGACUGUCAAGCAGUAGUACGCAAUGUUGAACAGCAAUUCAAGUUUACUCAACCAACUGUAUGUCGUAAUCCUGUCUGCUUUAAUCGAAAGAAGUUUAUGUUGGACAUCAAUUCAUCUCGAUUCGUUGACUUCCAAAAGGCUAGAAUUCAAGAGACACAAAGUGAACUUCAACGAGGAUGCAUACCAAGAAGUUUGGAAGUGAUUAUGAGAGCUGAGUGUGUAGAGCAGGCUCAAGCUGGUGACAAGUGCGAUUUCACUGGAACGUUAAUUGUUGUCCCGGACGUCUCUCAACUAGCCACUCCAGUUACACGAGCCGAAACUUCUGGGAGGAGAAAGGUUGGCGAUAGUCAUGAUUACGAGGGAGUCACUGGUUUGAAAGCACUUGGAAUUCGAGAUCUCACAUAUCGACUUGCCUUUUUGGCAUGUUCUGUAGAGUCAACUAAACCAAUGUUUGGUGGUAAGGAUCUUCGUAGUGAGGAAAUAACACCCGAAGCAUUAAAGAAGCUGAUUACUCCUCAAGAAUGGCAACAUAUCUACGAAAUGAGCCACGAUCGUCAGCUCUAUCAUAAUCUCAUUACGAGUCUCUUUCCAACUAUCCACGGCAACGAUGAGGUGAAAAGAGGCAUUUUGUUGAUGCUGUUUGGUGGAGUGCCGAAGUUAACGGAAGAGGGCACACGUCUGAGAGGAGAUAUUAACGUGUGUGUAGUAGGAGACCCAAGCACAGCAAAGAGUCAGCUGUUGAAGCAGGUUGAAGUGUUUAGUCCUCGUGCUGUGUACACGUCUGGUAAGGCGAGCACUGCGGCUGGUCUUACUGCUGCUGUCGUGAGAGAUGAAGACUCGGGCGAAUUUGUGAUUGAAGCCGGGGCUCUCAUGUUGGCAGACAAUGGUGUGUGUUGCAUUGAUGAGUUCGACAAGAUGGAUCAGCGAGACCAAGUUGCCAUUCAUGAGGCAAUGGAACAACAAACCAUUUCGAUAGCAAAGGCAGGCGUGAAGGCCACACUGAAUGCAAGAACAUCAAUUCUAGCCGCCGCUAAUCCUAUUGGAGGUCGAUAUGAAAGGUCAAGAUCACUGAAACAAAACAUUGCUCUGAGUGCUCCUAUCAUGUCUCGCUUUGACCUGUUCUUUGUUCUCAUCGACGAAUGUAAUGAGGUGACUGAUUAUGCAAUUGCUCGACGUAUUGUUGAUCUACAUAGCAAGCAGGAGGAAUCUAUAGAUCGCAUUUAUACCACAGACGAGAUCCAGAGAUACUUACUAUUUGCAAGGCAAUUCAAGCCAAAAAUCAGCAAGGAUGCGCAGGAUUUCAUGGUCGAGGAGUACAAGCGAUUACGUCAACGAGAUACGACUGGAAUGAAUAAGUCAUCGUGGAGGAUUACGGUCAGACAGCUGGAGAGUAUGAUUAGACUGUCAGAAGCGAUGGCAAGGAUGCACUGCCAAGAUGAGGUGCAACCAAAACAUGUCAAAGAGGCUUUUCGUCUGUUGAACAAGUCGAUUGUUCGAGUAGAGACACCGGACAUUCAGUUUGAGGAAGAUGAGGAGCCAGUAGAAAAUGGAUAUGCUGAUGACGACGAGAUGAAUGAUGAAGAUGAUGAAAGAGCAGUGAAUGGCCAUGGACCCAUGAAUGGGCAUGAUGAGACUGGCAAGAAAGCUGGUGUUCAUGGUAGUCAACCUAAACAAGCUACUAGGAUCACUUAUGAGGAAUACAAAGCCUUGGCUACGUUGCUGGUCAUGCAUUGCAGGCAACAAGAGGAGAAGGCUGACACUGAAACAUCUGAUGGUGAUGGAGGUGUGAAACGCAGUGAAUUGGUCAACUGGUAUUUGAAAGAACACGAGGAAGAAAUUUCAAGCGAGGAAGAACUUUUGGCAAGAAAGCUGUUAGUAGAAAAAGUUAUCGAUCGGCUCAUCAAUCACGAUUAUGUUCUGUUGAAGAUCAAUGCUGAUCCUGAUGACUCUGACCCUCAGCUGGCUGUCCAUCCAAAUUUCACUUUAUAAUUAUGACUUUAGGUGAGACUUUCUGUUUUAUAGUCUUCGUGUAGAACACUCUAGUCAUUUGCAAUACUUGUUGAAUUAUACAUGAAAACUCU